GCAGACUGGAUGAGCUCAGUGUCAUUCAUUACCCCAACAUAGCACCCACUACAACCAGCCUGACUCAAGCAACCCAACAACCAACACACACCAUGAGAUCGAACCUCCAACAUAGACAUCACAUGUGGGAGAUUCUGAGUCACAUUGUUGAUGGCCCCGGAGGAAGCCUUGAAUCUUACCAAGUCUGAGGCAUGGUGGUCCCCGGUCUUCUUGUUGAUGGUUUGAGGCCGAAAGCCUUAUGGAUGCUAUUCCAAGAAUAUGAACCGAUAGAAGAAACUACGACACAUACCCAGAUGUUCCCUAUCUCCCGAGUAACCUCCGACUUUGGCUUAUUACAAUGUCUUAUCUUAGCAGAUCUUCCAGCCGCGAGUCCAUCACCAGGAAAUUCAUGCCUGAAUCUGGCCAGAUUCUCGCCAGUGAUCGUACACAAAGUCCAAAUACGAUUCUUAAUUCUAGCAGGCGCCUUAAUUAUUUCAUGUUCCUGUCAACAAUCCAGAACCGUCUUGUGUCAUAGAAAAGUGAUGCUUUCACUGAGUGGUAACACUGUCACGAUUAAACAACCUGUUUGGCUUCCAAAUUCUACGAUCACAUCACAGAUAAAGCGCUCAGCUCAUUCUUCCUUUUUCGAGAAAGUUGCAGCGACUCCCAAGGACCUCCAGGAUGCUCUUUUCACCGGGACCACAAUACGCCUACAAAUCCUUCCAUUCACCCCCGAUCAAUACACACAACUACUCAAUGCACUGAAGCACGAUCCAUCCCUCUACAGCUCUAUCCGUGACAAAAUUCGACGGACCUAUGGUCUUUACAUCGCGCGUCUCCAUACCCAUAUCCAUGUCCAACCCACCGUGUUUCUGCUCUCGCGCUUUGCAUAAAUUAACCUCAAGCUAGAGAUCAUCAGUAACGGUACCGGCA